ACUGCAACAACAAAUUAUAUAAAAACUCGUAAAAACUACAAUAAAUACCUGCAUACUUAGAGAAUUUGUUGGAAUAACGAAUAUGAAAUGUGCAAAACGAUAAUGAGAUCACGAGUAUAAAUCCUAAUAAAAGAAUAGUACGAGCAAAACACUACAAUUUAGUACCAGCAACAGCAACAACAGGAAAGCAAUAAAAAAUUAAUUGCCGUAAAGUCGUAAUUAUUGUACUAACAACAAAAACGACAACGACAUUUUUCUGCUACAUUACGCCAUUCCCUGAUAGGUCUUGCAGACACAGUCGCAAAACCUACGAACAUUAGUUGACGCCACAUCCUACAACUCAGUGCAACGCGAAGUAGCUGUCGUGCCUUCCUGUGAACACUACAUUAAUGUAAACACUGAGCGGCAAUUCGAUUGUGUAUAUCUGUGCUUGUGUGUGUGAGUGUGUGCGCGUAUGGAAUGCGUUCACUCAACACCAUCAGUGACAUAUAACGAAGGCAAUAACAGCGAACAUAUCACAACGACACAUUGCGGCAACCAUAACGCACAACGAAAGUGAAAGGCCAUCGGUGAAACGCAGCAACACAAGAGCAAAAACAACAAAAAUAGCAUACAAAGUUUUUGGAAUGAUCAAAUAAUGGAGCGUUUUAUAAAGGCCAAUUUAUUUAUGAUUUGCUGUGUGGCUGCCGGAUUGUUACUGAUCGUGUACUUGGGUGCCUUCUCCUGUGAAGUGUCCUGGAUACUGGAGGCGCACGGCGAUUUGCCCAUAUCCUCAUACAUCCUCUGCACACAGUUUUUUAUAGUUUUUGUAGCAACAACAAUACUCAUACAUGGACUCGUCACAGGCUUGCCGUGGGGCCUAUUCGCAUGGUCAGUGGUCAUUGGUCUACUCUCCAUACCGGAGCUGAUAUUUGUCAUGAUUAUGACAACACAACAUUGGGGCCUGCAAUCGGUGCACGGUCUCACCGAGUUGAUUUCCUACCUUGUAAGGCUGGUGAUAAAUUGCUUUGCGUUGAUUUGUGUGAUACCCACAGGCAUAAGAUGGCGUCGCGAGACGCAGGUGCUUACACAACUGCAGGGCUUGGCUACACGCCUCCAGUUGCAGACUCCGCCGCCCAGCGUGCCAAUUGUCAAGGCCGAUUCGCGGCGUUCCAGCAAACGACGCCAGAGUGGCGCUUUCGAGAAUGCAGGCUAUGAGGUGAGCGAACCGACGAAGAUCAGUAUGAGCGGCUCACAAGCACAAGGCCUAAAUAUGUACAACGCAAAUCCGCUAUUUGGCUCUCAAAAUGAAUUCAAUGCUGCGAUGUUUAUGCCACAAUAUAUGCAACAGUUCAAUGGCCACAGUUGUGGCAACAACGGUGUUCAAAUGCGCAACGGCAAUCGCGCGCAAUCAUUGAUGGAUCUACGUUGCACACUUCCCGGCAUGUAUAACCCGCGCUACGUGCUCGACACGGAGGACAAAAAUGGCAAAUAUUUCAAUAUAACCAUCGACGAUCUGAAGAACAGUAUACAAGACUCAAAAAAGCUUCAGGCGCCACCUUCGCUAAUAGGUUCGGUUAACGAUCCCAUUUACUGUUCGAUUGAGCCCAAACAGCAAACUCCGCCACAACAAAGGCAACGCUCACCGGAAAAAUCCUCACAGCCGACGACAAAGUUGGCGCGCAACUGCAUCUCGCUGGAAAAUUUGGAUGGCAUUGCGAAGGUGCAAAACGAAUUGGCUGCCUAUGGCAACAAUUUGUUACAGAAUUACACGCAGCAGCAACAAUACUACUUAGCCAUGUUGAGCGGGUACUUGAACCCGGUACAUGGCACAGGCGUCUAUCGGCGCCCGUCAAGUGGCUCUGCCGUGGGCGGCUUCUCGGGCACCGUAUUGGCCCAGCCAGUGCCGCGUAGGAAUCCCCAACCACUGCAAUACUAUGGCGGCUAUGAUUAUGCGAACUACACAAAUCCCUACAUUACGGCGAACAGCAAAUUGUCGUUGGGCAAUGAGUCCGAUGACUAUCGGAAAUAUCGCGAUGUAGCGCUGUAG